AUUAAAGCCACCUCACACUGAUAUUCACACACGUUCUAAGAGGGAGAUUUUCACCUCAUAGAUAAUAUUCUUGUGUGCUGACAUCUUUCGUUUACACUCAGAGUUGCCUCAGUCUCAGCCACAAACUGCAGCAAGUUAAUCUUUAAUUUAGUAUGAAGGUAAUAAGUUUGUCCCUAUUUGGCAAAUGUCACCCGUCCCUGUAAAGUAAAGGUCACUUAUUGCCUUAAAUGCAGUUUAGCUGAACUAGCUUCAUUUUUUAAGAGUUCUAAAGUGUAAAAGUAGCUGAGAUGAUUCAAAAGAACUUGAGGGAAAAAGAGUUAACUAAAGAUAUUUAGUUGAUUUCCGUCACAUAAAUAGUCAAGAUAUAGUGGUUUUAAUUUACCAAGUAUUAAAAAUCACUUAAACUUGAAGUUUGUUGUAUUGCGGAUCCUAUUGUUGCAUAUGUUUAUAGUUUGGUUUAUACUACACAAUGAGGAUAUUGAGAUAAAAUGGACAGAACAGAUGUGUAUAAACAUUACACUGUUUUUUCAAACGUUGGCACAUGCAAGGUUUAUGGGAGGUUAGAGGAAGCCACUUUCUAAGAUCACCAGGGAAACGGGGACAAUAACAGGAACUAGUUAUAUUGGGGUUAGUUUCCAGUUGUAGUUACUGAAUGUUAAACCUACCCUCCCAUUCACUGGGACAAACUACUCAUGUGUCACACUGGGUAAAUAUUCUGCUAGGUCUAUACAUCACAAUGUUGCGUUUUUUUAGCUUUGCAUACACAUCGUAUAUGUACAUAAUCUGUACAGAUCUGAUAAAAAUAAGCUUGUGUUUUACUAAAGGUCAUGGAAAAUAAUAAUACAACAUAAAAUGUAUUUUUUUUUUUUUUUUUUUUUCAUUUUACAGUAGUAGUACUUUGUAAUACUGUUUAAAUGUCGCAGCAGGAGGGGGACUUUUUUCCUCAAAUCUGUUUAUUAUGAUUGGUUUAUAAUCAUUUGGAGUAAACAAGAGAACUAACUCUACAUUAAGAUGUGUUUUUGGACGUUAUGGCAGUGCUGGUUUAUUGUGCUCCUCAAUAAAAAAAAAGUACAUGCCUUUUGCAUUUGGUUGGGCAAGAACCAAACACGAAGCACGUACUACUUUCCAGCAGCGCACGCGAGGUGGCAGUAUACAGUCGCGUUUCCAGGGAAAGUGGACGAUCGUCCACGAUUACAAUCGGAAAAGAACGCGCAACCUGUUCGGCUCGGCUCUGUAUGAAGUAACUCUGUAAACCUCCAGUGGGCGCGCGCCCUGCUCUUCUUUCGCUUCCCGUGGAGCGCAGCUUCCCCGGGGCAGCCGUCCGCGGCGGAGGGGCGGUAGUCUGGAGCUCCUCUCCCCUUCCCGUCGUCACAGCCCUUUAUGUGCCCGUGUCUGCGCCUUCGAGCUGCUCGCUUGACUUUGUUUUUGACGCCCACGCCACACAAGGACAAACCACGCUAUGAACACGAUGGCCUCGGAAAACCUGGAAAUGAACGGUGAUGCUGAGCGGCACGGCGAGGCUGAGUUUCCAUUGCGACGCCCUUCGAGGAGGCCGCGGGGGCCCCUGAACAUGAACCAUUAUGCCAAUAAGAAGAGUGCAGCAGAAAGCAUGUUGGACGUGGCUCUACUGAUGGCUAACGCCUCCCAGCUGAAGGCUGUGCUGGAGGAAGGACCAGACUUCAGCCUCUACGUCCCUCUCAUUACUCUCAUCAGCAUCUCUCUCAUCUUACAAAUCGUAGUGGGAGUAAUGCUCAUCUUUAUAGUUAAGUGGAACCUAAACGAUGAAAGCAUGCACUACAAGCUCAACAUCAUGGAGAAUGCAGCAACAGCCUUCGUCUUCAUCAUAGUCGUGGUCAAUGUUUUCAUCACAGCCUUUGGUGUUCAGCGGCCCACCCCUCGGUCCUGAUCACCUCCUUCAUGAACCUCCAUGUCUGCGGACUGCUUAGUGAGAGAUCGACUUCUACGUUUUUUGUACAGACGAACCAAAUGACCAAAUAACAGGGCAAAUGUAAUUGAAUCUCUGAGGCUGGAGGAGACCCACUGUAACCUGAGAGUCAAGUGACGCUGUCUAUUGUGUGUUAGAGAGUGUUCUCCUUUUUCUCUAACAAUGUUUAUUUAGCAAACCAAACCUUGUUUUUUUUAUCCUCUGUAGUAUUUAAUGCUGUUGUUACCAGCUAUAAUGUUUAAUGUUGCAAAACAAUACCACUGAACAUAUCAGGAUCACCUCACUCACUGUCAGUCACUGUUGUCACCAACUACAGACCAAGCAAAUGUUUCCUGGCUAAACAUAAUUUUAAAGUAAGUCCAUAAUUAAAAAACAUGGUUUGUUGUAUUUUAAACCUCAACCAAUUGAUUCUAUUAUGCAGCCUCUAUGAUUUGCUUUCCAAGUACUAUGCAAAUUAUCUUGUGAAUGUUUGAACUACUUUACAUAUGUAAAUUAUUACCUAUAUAUGUUUGAUGAUUUAACUAGAAUGCACAUUUAGUUAUUUUAAACCUUUUUUUAAGUAUAUUUUUUGGAACAACACUGUCCUGGACACAAAGGGUUUUUAUUAUACAAAGAAAUUUUAUAAAUAAAGUUACAUAAUACAUG